AUGGUAAGAUUGACUGAGGAAUACUUUGACCUGGUCCGCGAAGCUGUGAGAGAGGAUCAGAGUACGAAACGGCCCAAAAAAAGACGGAGAACAAGAGCCUCUGCUGCCCUAAAAGUCGAAAAUCAGACGCCCGCUAUGAUUAUACAAAUAGAUUCAGAUGAUAAUAAGAACAAUGUCAGUAGUGAUGAAGAAAGCUAUGCGAUUGGCGAGACUAAGCAUGAAGAUGAUGAUAAUGAGCAAUUUUCGACGUCUAAUGAUGACUACGCGUCCGAUGACUUUGAAGACGUUCGCUUUGAAGAUGUUCAAUCCGAAGGCAAUGGUAAUAUCUCGCUGACAUUGCAACCUCAGAAACCGGAACGGAAACAGCGGUCUUCCAAUGUUGUUUCUUAUGAAGAGAAGAAGUUCCGACGUUUUUUUCAUUGUUUUCACCUGUUGUGCUUGCUAACACAUUGCUAUGUGAGAAACGAAUGGCUUAAUGAUCCAAAAUUGCAUAAAAAGCUGGCGAAACUGGUCCCGGACGACGUAUUUGAUCUACUACAUCCUCAAAAGGAUGAAGAGUUGCCUUUGAGAAGCACAAGAAAGCUACUAGACGGACUGAAAAAGUGCAUGGAAAUAUGGGAUAAACAUUUUAAGCACAGAAUAAACUCAACAAAUGAUCUUUACAUGAUCCAAUGGUUUGAUUUAGAUGGUCCUUGGGAGCAGCCCAAACAUUUUGAAACUCAAGGUCGAUUUAAUAAAGCAGUACUUGUGGGUCAAGGAAGUAAUUAUGUGAGUGCUCAAGGUUUCGUCGCCAUGUUGAGGGCCUGUGGAGUGAACGCGAGACUUGUUUUCAACCCUCAGCCACCUGAUUUUACGGAUAAUAAACCAGUACUAGCUGAAAAGAUUGAGGAAGAGCCCAAGGACCCACGGAAGGAGCGUAAGGAGGAAGACAACACUCCGAUUUUGCGACGACACAAGAAGCCGAAAAAGAAAGGCAAAAUUGACGAAGCCAUAGUAUAUCCAAUCUUUUGGUGCGAAGUGUGGGAUAAAAUCUCCAAAAAAUGGAUUACCAUAGACCCCGUUUGUCAAAAAGUUAUUGAGCAGAUACGUAACAGGUCUAAACUAGAACCGCAAGGCAAAGGACGUCAUAAUAACGUCAUGAGGUAUGUUUUGGGUUUUGACAGAAAAAAGGGCUGUCGCGAUGUUACCAGAAGGUAUGCUGCCCACUUCAACGGCAAAAAUCGAAAACGAUUUAUUCGAAGGGAAGCAAGUGGCGAGGAAUGGUAUACUCGAGUUAUUUCGUAUUUGCAUCAGCGGAAACGAACUAAGAUCGACGACUACGAAGAUGAGUAUUUCCGUUUCAAAGACGAAUCUGAAGGCAUACCUGAUAACGUGCAGGACCUGAAAAGUCACCCAUAUUACGUCCUGGAAAAUAAUCUAAAGAUGAAUGAAGCCCUGAAACCUGGAUGCAAAGAAUGUGGCUUCCUGAAAAUGAAGAAUUCGACUUCUUCACUGAAAGUCUAUUCAAGAAAAGAUAUCUGGACUCUUAAAAGCGCGAGGGCUUGGUAUAACGAAGGGCGCACCUUGAUACUUGGAGCCAGAGGCGCAAAGACUAUAAAAUCGAAAGAUUUCAGAACUGGGGAGAGUACAGAGGAAAAGCUAUACCCUUUUGAGCAAACGGAACAAUUUAAGCCUCCCCCAUUAGGUGAAGAUGAUGAGGUACCCAAAAAUGCCUACGGCAACAUAGACAUCUACGUCCCAUUCAUGAUACCCGCCGGCGCUUGUCUUAUUGAGAGUCCCGUUGCGAUCAAAGCUGCGUCUCGUGCGGGCGUUCCAUUUGCAAAGGCUGUGACUGGCUUUAAAUUCGAAAGACAUCGCAUUGCCAAACCUCAAAUCACGGGAGUGGUAGUAGCUCUCAAGUACAGAGAAGCCUUGGAAGCCGUCAUCGAUGGUAUUGAGUUCUCACAAGAAGAAGAGAAAAAACAAGAUUUCGAACUAGACGUUCUCAGACAGUGGAGUUUAUUGUUGACAAAGUUGCGCAUUAAAAAUAGACUGAAUGUUGCUCACGGUCGCGUUCAAGAUAGGGAUAGAGAGAGUAUAUGGGAUGAAGGAGAGCAGUCAGAGGAAGAAGAUGAAGACGUUUCUAUGCAUGAAACAGAAGCGGGGGGAUUCCUUCCUACAGAGGGCUCUGUGCCUAUUUCUGAAGGUGGCGGGUUCAUGCAGGAAGCCGAAUAUAUUUCAAGAGGCGCUGAUGAUGCUCAGGCAGCAGAGGUUUUUGAUGAAGAAGAUAACGACGUUCCGCCGCAAGUUGAUAUUAGCACAUUUGAAAAGACAUCUUUCAACGCGGAAGAUGAACCACAAGAAAUGACGGCAAGUGAUCAAAAGGUUGAUGGAAAUGAGGAACAAGUGGCUGAGGACUAUGAAGACUUUAUGAAGGAGUUCGGAGAGGGCAGUGAUGAUAAUUCGGACUGGAAGUUAGAUCAAGAAACAAAAUCUGCGUUCGAUGACGAAUUUGAUUAUGAAUCGGGAUGA